GCGUGGUAUUACGCUUCAACAGUCCUGCCCCAUACCCUCAUCGAUCGUUAGCGAGCGCGCAUCGGUUCCCUGCAGCCAAUCCAAACGCGCGGUGAUGUCGCUCCGCCGGUGGAAGCCCUUCUUCCCUGCGUUCGCGGCCAUCGACACCGCCAUAGAGACCGCCACCGGGGCCCGCUCCCGGGACAAGUUCCGGCAACUGAGGAGCGAGCUGGUGGAGAUGCUCUGCGAUGCCGCGGACGACGACGCCGAUCGAGUCAAGGGGCUGUGCCGGCUGCUCGACGCGGCCAUGGCCGAGGCGCUUUCGACGCUGCAUGUGGUCCCGGUGACGACGACCAUGCUGACCACCACCGGCGUGGACAAGGCCGUCGAAGGCCUGCUGAGCCACGAGGCCGGGAAGGUGCGCGCCCUCGCGCACGGCAUCUUGAUCCAGUGGGCGGAAGGCGGCGUGUUGGACACCACGGUGUUGGCCGCUCCAUCCACUCACCGAAUGCAUCCGCAGGCGCAGAGGCCUGAGACAGCCGUUCUACUAGCUUAUACCCCCAAGAUCUCGGACGAGAAGAUGCCUCCUGUCGUUUCCAAUGCCGGCGGCGAUCGCGUCAGGAGCGGGCAGACAGGAGAUGCAAAGCGCAAGCACCCAGGCUACUACCGAGAAGCUAAUGCUGAUGACGAGAAGCGGCAGCGCAACGUCCCUGAGAAGGUCGAGGAGAGGCCAAGGAAAAUGGAGCCGGACAUCAAGAGUAGGAGCAGCUGGAGAUCCAGGGACACGAAGAGCAGGAGCCGAGCGAGCAGCUGGAGAUACAGGGACGAGAGGCGCUAAUAUUAGCACUUCAAUCGUGCAUGUAAACAAACUUCAAAGUGAUAGCUGGAGCAUCGACGCGUCAUAGUCAUAGGAGGGUUUAAGCUAGGGCCAAAUUAGCACUUCAAUCGUGCAUGUAAACAAACUUGUACUGCUACCGCCUCUUAUUAUCCAGAAAGCUUUCCAACU